AUGACACAGACCAGUAACUCCAUACCUGGCAAUCAAAGCCUCAAGAAGGUCAACGGCCACCAAAACGGUGCCGCCAACGGAAAUGGAACCGCCAAUUCCAGUAGCCCCAAGCUAAAUCGUGCCGAAGAGACUGAUGAUCUUCUCACUGCUGUCCGUGAACUCGUCAUCCCAUUCAUCAAGGCUGCCGAUGAUGCUGCUGCCCAGAAGCAUACCGGAGAGGCGUAUGUUGCCCCCAAUGGCGAGCUACAGCCUGUUCUUGUGGACUAUCAAAGUCCCGUGGAUCUCGUCAAGCGCCUCCAGAUCCCUCUUCCUGAGCAAGGACUAGGAAAGGACGGGGUUCUCGAGUCCAUCCAGAAGAUACUCCAGUACAGUGUCAAUACCUGGGACCAAGGCUUCCUCGACAAGCUCUUUGCAUCCAACACUCCUGUUGGUGUUAUCUCUGACAUGAUAUUAUCUGUCCUCAACACCAAUGUCCACGUUUAUCAAGUCUCUCCGGUCUUGACCUUGAUAGAAAAGGUCACAUCUAAGAAGCUAGCCAAUCUCUUUGGCUUCACCGAGCCCAACGCUGGUGGUAUCAACUGUCAGGGAGGAAGCUCCUCCAACUUAACCUCCCUCGUGGUCGCGAGAAACACUCUUUAUCCAGAAUGCCGAACGGCUGGAAACGCCGGUCACAAUUUCGUUGUCUUCACCAGCGCUCACGGUCACUACUCUGUUGAGAAGAGCGCCAUGAUUUGCGGCCUGGGCUCCGAUAGCGUCUGGCCAGUUCCCGUCGACAGUGAAGGCUGUUUAAAACCCGACCUUCUCGAAGAAUUGGUACUACGCGCCAAGGCCGAGGGCAAGACCCCCUUUUACGUCAAUGCUACUGCAGGCACUACUGUAAGAGGAGCGUUCGAGGAUCUCGAGGCAAUUUCAGCGAUUUGCAAGAGGCACAACCUAUGGCUGCAUGUAGACGCCAGCUUCGGUGGCCCCGUCAUUUUCUCCAAGAAGCAUAGUUGGAGGCUCAAGGGGUCCCAUCUCGCCGACUCGCUGACAGUUAACCCUCACAAAAUGAUGAACGUCCCUGCUACAUGUUCAUACAUCCUUGGCCCCGACAUGAACCUAUUCAACAAGGCAAACAGCACCAAGGCUGGGUACCUUUUCCACAGCAACAGCGAUGGCGAAAUCUGGGACCAAGCCGAUUUCACCCUACAAUGUGGCCGCCGGGGCGACAGUCUUAAGGUGGCACUCGCCUGGCAAUACUACGGGUCUGACAGCUUCGAGCGCCAGACUGACCAUGCUUACGACGUGGUUGAGCAUCUUUAUAACUUGGUGCGCGACAGCCCGAACCUGGAGCUUCUCUACCCUAACCUACCCGCUUGUUUGCAAAUUUGCUUCUACUAUGCUCCCGGAGGGAAAUUGCCUGAGGAUCCUGAAGUAAAUACCAAGAUCACUGCCGAUAUCGUACACAAACUGAUCCCUCGGGGUUUCAUGGUUGAUUAUGCCCCUGGUGAAAAGGGGAGCUUCUUCCGUGUUGUUAUUAACUGGCAGACACUGUUCACUACGGUAGAAGGACUUGUCAAGGCCAUUGAGAUCCUUGGCAGCGAGAUCUCUCUUUAA